UACAAAUGUUGGUUGCAUUUAGUGGUACGGAGAACUUUUGUGUUUAUUAGUUAUUAAACAACCGACUUGUUGAUACCAAGUGCAUUAAAAUUAAAAUAAUUAUAGCAGUACAAAAUAUUUAUUUAAACUGUCAUAUGAUCAAACUAAUUGUCGGUUACAUUUAUUUAUUUAUAUCAAAGAUGUAAAGAAGGAAACUACUAAUUAUUUAUUUAAAUAAUGAAAUUUUUUUAAAAUUUUUAUUUAAUUUUAAAUAUUAUUUAAUUAAGGGUUGAAGUGUUCGUUAUUUUAUAUAUUAAAAUAAUUAAUAAUGACGGUUGCAGAUAUUCCAGAUGUCGAUAUAAGACAUGGGAAAAUAAAUUCAUCCGUUGAAUCAAAUGGGACUAAUGAAAAAUUAGAAAUAUCUAAAUUAAGACAAGCAUUACCACAAAUAUGCGCAGUGAGCGCGAAAAAUUUACUUUUACUUACCUUCGGAUCAACACUUGGUUUCCCAACAAUUUUAUUGCCGGCAUUACAAAGGGAUGAUUCUGACAUUUUUGUUACACGUGAAGAAAUCACGUGGAUAAGCAGUAUAAAUUUGUUCAUGGUACCACUGGGAUGUUUGAUAAGUGGACCAAUAUCCCACCACUUGGGUCGUAAAAGAACCAUGCUCAUAGCCAACAUACCCUUCAUAACAGCAUGGGUGAUAUUUUACUUCGCAAAAUCUAGCCCCUUUAUUUUUUUAGCACUUGCGUUAACCGGACUAACAGGUGGGCUCUGUGAAGCGCCGGUUUUGACGUACGUUGCUGAAGUAACACAGCCACAUCUUCGUGGCAUGCUGUCAGCAACUUCAUCUAUGGCUGUUAUUAUAGGGGUAUUUUCACAAUUAUUAAUCGGUAGCCUCGUUGAUUGGAGAACAGUUGCGUUAAUUAAUUUAACUUAUCCCGCAAUGUGUUUUACUGCGCUCUGUUUUAUGCCAGAAAGUCCUUAUUGGCUCACAGGCAAAGAUAGAUUGAAAGAAGCUGAAAAAGCGCUCUGUUGGUUACGCGGUUGGGUAAAACCCUCAUAUAUUACCGAAGAACUUAAAACAGUUUACGAAGUUUCGAAAAGAUCAAUCAAUGGAGACGAGAAGAAAGAGUCAUGGUGGAAAAUAUUUGGCAAACGCACAUUUAUAUCUCCAUUUAUAUUGGUAACUCUUGCAUUUUUCGUGUCAGCAUUUGGAGGUGCUGCGACACUGCAAACAUUUGCUGUAUUUAUUUUCGCGUCUAUGGAAGCUCCGCUCGAUAAAUAUACGGCUACCGUUUUCCUUGGACUUGCAGAGCUAAUUGGUACAGCUGUUUGUGUGGUAAUAAUUCACUUUUCUGGUAAAAGAAUUAUUAGUUUUGUUUCAAUUGGCGGAACGGGAUUGUGUUUUUUGACAUGCGCUAUUUAUGAUUGUUUAAAUAAAUUUGAAUAUAUCGAUGCACAUAUUUACACGUGGGUACCUACGACUCUGCUGAUUAGCUCAGCAUUUUUUUCACAUAUGGGUAUACGUCUUCUUCCUUGGAUAUUAUGUGGAGAAAUUUUUCCAGCUAAGGGACGCAGUACUGCAACAGGAGCAGCUGCAUGUACAAGUUAUAUAUUUGCAUCAAUAAUAAACAAAAUAUUUUUGUACAUGGUGGAUUUAAUGUAUCUCUGGGGUACAUUUUUGUUCUAUGCAUUUGUCAAUAUAUUUGGUUUCGUUGCUAUUUAUUAUUUAUUGCCAGAGACUGAAGGUAGAACACUAAAAGAAAUCGAGGAUCAUUAUGCCGGGAUCGAGAAUUUGAAUAACAAACCGACUAAAGAAGUGUCCAAAUUUAAAGAAAAAUGGGCCGUAUCCAAUCCCGCGCUGGUUGCCGAUGAUCUCGAAAGUAAACUCUAGUAUAUUAUGUAAUAAUCAAGUUGUUAUGUACACACCGUAUGUUAUUCUUUACUUUUUAUACCAUUGGUAU